AAUAUUUAAAAAGUACUUCGAAAAAAUUUUAUUUCGUUCAAAAUGAAUAUAUAUUAAAUAUUCCGAUCCAUUGAUCCAAAUUGAUCGAUGUAUCGAAAUAGAAAAGCCAAUACCAAAAGUGAACGAAAAUUGCGUAAUUUUCAAUUCCGGAGACAAGAACGUUUGAUUAGCGUGUAUUAUUCAAUAUUACAUAUACUUCUCGUAACCAACAUUUAGGGGUCAUCAAGGUUGAGCGCGUCGCUGGAGAGCACGUUGAGGUGGAAAGGGUGGUGGUUGUACGCUGUGUCACUCUAUAUAUAACGGCAGUGGGCACCCCACGCGAUAUUAAGAACGUUCACCGCAUCUGCGGUAACAUGGUUUCCAGUUACAAGAGAUCAACAUCUGCCGCCGUCGAGAUGACGCCAUGGCUGAUGGCAAUUUUCUGUCUGGUUACCGCGGGUUGUUCAAACGUCACGGAUCAGCAAACAUCCGAGACACACCACGAUCAACAGGUGGCGAUCCUGAAACAGAUCAGAAAAGUGAAUGAAGACGGCUCUUACACGUACGGUUACGAGGCUGGGGAUGGAUCUUUCAAGGAGCACGUGUCCGUCGUACAAAGCAUUCCACGUUUAAAUCGUACCACCACGACCAAGAAACCGAACAUCGUCUAUCCUUCCUCGACCGAGGCAUCCACGAAAUCGUCGGUGGUUCAAUCCAUACCGCGAAACAGAAAGACGACGACCACUUCCACGAGCACAACUACGACCACGACGGAACAACCGAAGACGAUAUUCAGUCAUUAUCUGAAAGGAACGGGAAAGAAUAGACCACGUUUCAUUAUAAACGGGCAACAGAGGCCACUGAUAAUCGAAGAAGAAAGCGAAAUAGAGGACGAAGAUUCCCAGAUAAAUCGACCAACCACGGAUGAUAAAACAUCCACGUACAGAAAAAUCAUUUUUGCCAAACGGCCGGUCGAUCAAACUUUACGUCCCAUCUCCGACGAUUUCAUAGAGAAAGAGGACGAGACCAAAGUGACGAGUGGGAAUAAUUUAAGGAGACAGCUCCACGAAGACACCACGAAACCUAAUCCAAUCGUAGAAGGUAGUAACGACGAUCAUUCAGACGUUUACGGUGGUUCCUUGUCCACGACUCGGCCUCUCUUCACCACCACCACUCCGCCAAGAGUUCUGCAACGCGUCUCGCCGGCUGGUCGGGUCGAAAAGCCGAAAGUGUACGUCAAUCGGGAGAACCUCGCUUCGUCUAGAUCGUUCGAAAACGUAAACUCCAGAGCUUUCGAAGCGGAGACGAAAAUGCCUCAGGAUGAGCGUGUCUCUCAGCCUCAACCUGUUUUGAUCCGCGGCCCCCCUCGAGAGUAUCUACGCCAGAGCACGGAGCCCAUCUUCGUCAGGCAACAACCGGACCAGUUCUUGCGCGAGGUGCCGGGUGGAAGAAUCUUAGUUUCCGCUCAGCCGAACAUCGAAGAGGAUCCCGCUUACAGGCCGCUCUCCAUCAAUAGGAUCUUGUUGCGCCCCCUCCCUAGCCAGCAGCCGCUUUACUCCACGACAACGGACGCAAAUAUUCACUAUCUAACGGAGAAUCCUGUUCCUCCUGAGCAAGAAGAAGACCCCAGAGUCGCCAUGGCGCCGGGCUACAUGCGUCCAAGGCAUUUCCCGCGACCCGUCAUCUUCCAAGAACCGAGGGCCAGGCCCGUGUUGAGACCCGUCUCGCCACCUGUUGGCCCAGUCGAUGAAAGGGAGUAUCAAACGACCUCGGAAUAUCCUUACAGGAGCAGCACGCUAGCCUUACCCCCGGAACCACCGAACCCAAUCAACCCACCUCUGAGCAGACGUGACUUCCAAUUACUGUUGAGGAGGUUGCUGGUCAGCCAGUACGGCGUCCAGGCCCUCUCCUAUCCGAAAACUUACCUGGAGGACGCACUGUACGACCAGCAACCGUAUCCCUCUUAUCAGCCAAGCUAUCAGACAGUUGCUGCGCCACGAUCAGAAAUUCCGGGCUACGAUCAACAAGUUCCCCUUCAGUACGGCGAUCGUGUCCCCGUCAGGCGUCCCGUGUUCGCCAGGCCCUUGAGCCCUGUUUAUCAACCCCAACAGUACGAAGAUUACAACGACGGAAGUCGGUACUCGAAGAGGGUAUACAGGCAGAAGUUUUACGCGCAAGAGAUCGGUGACGAGGGGGAUGAAAUAUUGCCCGCACCUAUCCGAGAAGCAUUGUUGUUGAGGAUGCUGCAACUGGCGAUUAACGCUGAACGGCCGCCUCCCAUGCUCACGUCACCGGUUAUGACCACAACCACGCCUGCUUCGAGGUACAGGAAGACUGGACCGGUUAGGAGCGUGCAGAUCAUUAGCGACGAGGAGGAGGACGGGAAGGAGACGAUGAAGAAGAAGAUGUGAAUAAUUCUAUCUCUGAUGACUUAGCUCUCGGUGGUCAUGAAAUCAAAGAAUGUUUAAGUUGACGUCGGAAUUUAGUUCAUUUUUUUUUUUUAUAACGAAUAGUAUUUCGUUUGUAGAAUGUAUGAGGUCACACGUACGAAUGAUUUCACGAAUUAAAUUAGGAAGAUGUAAUUAUAAUUAUAUAUAGAAAAGUUAAUAUUUCCUGUAGAAUAUAUAUAUAUUUUUAGGAAAUGACACAAUUUAAAAAUUAUCAACGAUAAAUUGAUAGAUUCGAAACAUUAAGGGAUACUGUAAAAAGUGAACGUAAAUUUGUAAGCGAAAAGAUUCUCUUAGGUUUGUACAAUUUAGAGAAAAUGUUUCGAAAUAUAUUAUUUAUUUU